AUGAGGUUCCGGGCUGAGAUUGUGGACCAGGAUUCUCUGGAUCACUUCUUGGGAGUCAUUAACAUGUUAGCGGACCUCACCAAAAUCUGCAUCCUCCACAUCUGCCCAGAUAAACUGAGUUUCAUUCUUUUUGGAAACCCAGAAAGUGGAACAGUGAGCUUGUGGUGUGAGAGCAGAAAGGAGAACUUUUUCAGCACAUUUGAAAUGGAGGGCCUCUCUGUAGAAAAUCAUGAGAUAAGUUUACAAUUAAGUUUGGAAAAAGUAUCUUCAGCCUGGAAAAGUGCACACCAUGCAGAAGCCAUGAAAGUCAAGCUGUCUAAUAAACACUCUGGGAGCCUCAAGGUCUGUGUAAAACUGCGAUUUUUUUCUGGCAAGAGCCGCAUAGUGGCAGAAUACUUCCCCAUACAGUUUAUCCCUACAAACUUUUGGAAUGAAAUGCAAGAGCUCACAGUUCCAUAUUCAAAUGUUAGCAUUUAUUUGCCAGCCUUGGAGAUUAUGAAGAAAUUUGUGAAAAAAUUGAAACCAGUCGGGGAUCACCUUAUUAUUGAAGCAAACCAAAAUGGAGAAUUGAACCUGAAAAUAGAAAGUGAAUCAUUAAAUGUCACCAUUUAUUUUAAGAAUCUUGAAAAUCCUCCAUUAGAAAAUGACUCUGAAGACAAAGACCCAGAAGAGAUGGCUAUAGUGCAUACAGAUAUCAAGCAGGUCCUUCACUUAAUUACAGGAAUUCGAGGGAAUCCUACAAGGGCUGUAGUCCAUAUUGUGACCAACAGGAUUGCUUAUUUUGAAUUUCUUCAUGAAAAUUUCUCGUUGAAGUACAUCAUCCCAGCCUUGCCCUAG